AAAAAAAAAAAGGAAUAUGUGAAUGCACUUGCCACACCUGCAUUAAACGUCAUAUGGGAUCAUCCCCAAUGCCACAUUACAACUUACUCACCUGCCUAACAGUAUAAAUAUGUCGUACAUAUAAGCCUAUAGUGCCAACCCAACGGGACUACGCAGAAGAACGGGUGAAUGCACAGAAACAGGUGAGCUCAUCUUACAUAUUUGGUUGUAGAAUGCAAAAUGUUAAAUGUCAGUGAAUACAAAUUGGAGAGGAUAAUGAUAUUCAUGGAUAUGAUGAUGAUGAUAAUCAUUUUUUCUCCUAGAUUGGAAUGGACAAGGAGUUUGUGACAAUGGGGAAAUCAAAUAAAGGUUAUUGUGCUGCUUCUGUUCAUGAUGAGUAAGGACUUUAUCUGCUUUGUAUAAUGAUGAUUGUGUUAGUAUUUUACAUAUGAAUUUAAUUUAGCUGACCUUGAUUCCCCCCCGGUGGUGGCAGUUUGACACAACAGUGAGACUUUAAGCACUUAAAUAAAAGACACAAUCUCAUAUGUUGGGGCUACAGGGCUUUACAGGAAGUGCUCGUGCUCAGUUUUCAACCUCUCUGUCUAUUCCCUGCAGGCAUUAAUAUCCCUCCAGCCACCACAUCAACAACCACUGGUGAGUUUACAUUACAUUACCUCUAAUAACUGAUUUUAAUCCACUUUUCAACUCUGACUGAAUUGUAAAAGACUGAAACCAUCAUGUGAUACUUAUAAAUAACAUGAAACAAGCAGAGAUCUUAGAGGCAUAGCAGAGCACUUAGUCUUAGAGGCAUAGCUGGUAGUUAAUUAACUAGCACAUAUUCAUCGAUUUUACUUCCUUAUUCUACAGAAAUAAUGCGUGGGAAUGCAAGUUUGAAAACUUGGCCUAUAAAUGUCAGAAAAUAACUUGCACACUUCAAUUCAACUUAAAUUGCGACAAUAUCACUCACGAAGAUCAGUGACAUAGAAUGAACGAUUUUGGAACAUAACUGUUUAAAUAUAUAUAUAUAUAUAGCUUUUUUAUACACUCAUUCCAUGCAUUGUUUAAUUUAGGAAAGUAGCUAACCGUUGCCUAUUUAUUGUUGUUUAUAAUCACAUGAUGCACCUAGAUGAUGUCAAAAGUGUUUAUUUAGAGUGCAUGUUAGUUAUAAAGUCAAUACUAUGACUGAUCAAAUGUUCUAAUGGAUUUGUCCUGUCCCUCUGCAGCAGACACAUUGUGGGCUUCCUUGGCACUCCUCUGGAAGUGGUUGUUGUGGUUGAUUGCUCUGCUAAACAUUAUUAGCAAUACUAGAAACAGCAAAAAGUCAAGAGUAAAACUGAUCAAAUCUUUGGGGUCAGCCCUAGUUUACCUUUGGGCCUCCUGGCUCAGUGAUGAAUUUUGAGUGGAUCACGAACAGAAUGGUUUUGGAUGUGUAUGGUACUUCUCAUUCAAACAAAUGACUACCGACAUCUAAAAGCCCAAACCACGUUUUUGUAUGAGAGCUAAUAUCAUUAUGACUAUCAUUGUUGCUAUUGAGGUGAUAAUUACUCUUAAAAUGUCACUAAAUAACUUUUAAAUCAACGGGUGUUGGCAGCAUGACACAAUAGUGAGAUUUGAAGCGCUUAAAUAAAAUACACAGUCUCAUAUUUUGGGGCUACAGGGCUUUACAGGAAGUGCUCGUGCUCAGUUUUCAACCUCUCUGUCUAUUCCCUGCAGGCAUUAAUAUCCCUCCAGCCACCACAUCAACAACCACUGGUGAGUUUACAUUACCUCCAAUAACUGAUUUUAAUCCACUUCCUCUCUGACAGACUGAAUUGUAACUGACUGAAACCAUCUCUCAUCUUAAUGAAAUGUUAUGUUAUAUAUGUAGCCUGGAAAAUGCGUUACCGUUAAGAGACGAUUUAGGUGGGUCUUAAAUGUCCUUACUUGCGCUGCCUGAAAUUGGCACUUUGGCACAUGUUUUUAAGGACACACCUCAGAUAUUCCCACACCUCCCACUGCAGUGCAAACAAGCUGAUGUUAUACAGGUACAAAUAAAAACGUCCUAAAAUAGCUCACACACUUCAAUUCAAUUUAUACUGCGUUAAUAUCACUUGAAAAGUACCUAUUUUGGAACAGAACUGUUUUCAUUCAUUUUAUAGUUUUAUACUCGCAUUCCAUGCAUGGCUUACUUCACAGGACUUUCCGUAAAGCUUGUGUUAAAACUUUAAGACUAAAAUUGCGGAAACAUUUCCUUUCAUCACUCAGCUCAGUGCGGGGUGGCAUAUAACAUUAUUGAAUUAUUAUCAGAUAACGGUUUUCAUCCUUGUCUACAACGGUACCAUUCACUACAAGCAAAGCACCAGCCAUUGCCAUUUCAACUGCUUAACAUGAGUUGCUGACCUUGUAUUUUCAUCUAAAAUCAGCUUGGCUGAAAUCCAGGUGCAGAUAUCACACUAUACGUUUCCAAUCAAAAUUGUUCAUCUAAUUCCAAUGGCAAAUGUGGAGUAUUUAUUUCCAAUAUUCUCUAUUUUAUGUCAGUGUGUGGCAUCACUCCACACAACACCAGAAUAGUGGGAGGUCAAGAUGCCCCUGCAGGAAGUUGGCCCUGGCAGGCAAGCCUCCAAGAAUCUGGCAGCCACGUUUGUGGUGGGUCCCUCGUCAACAAAGAGUGGGUGAUGUCUGCAGCCCACUGCUUCUCCAGGUGAGUUAGCGUGAGAUACAGGGAACAUAAAGGUUCUAGCACAAAGGACUAUGUCAAUUGUUUUGUAAUGCAGCUGAAAUAAGUUUUCCAAAAUGUAAUUGUCCAUUCAUUCUGUGUUAAUCUUUCAUUUUGUCACUUUGAUAUGUCUUAAUUUUAUCAUUCCAACAAAGCUCAAGCCCAAAUGGUUGGAGCAUUAUCCUUGGUCGACAGAACCAGCAGGGCAGUAACCCCAACGAAGUGUCCACAACUGUGGCUGAGAUCGUUAUACAUCCAGCUUACAAUGGAAGCACAAAAGACAACGACAUCGCUCUGCUCAAACUCUCCUCACCAGUCAACUUCACUGACUACAUCUUUCCCGUCUGUCUGGCAGCAAGUGACAGUGUUUUCCACAGUGACACAGAGAGCUGGGUGACCGGAUGGGGCGACGCCAAUGAAGGACGUGAGGACACGUUAAUUAUCCAUUAUAGGAGAUGUUGAUGAGAUUAUGUCUUAUGUGAAACAGUAUCCCCAGUGGCCAUAAGUGCACAUUGAUUUUUGUUGUUAUUAUUACAAUUUAAAUGACAAUUUAAAGAUCUCCCAUCACUAGUCUUCCUUUGUGUCCUUCAGAUCCCCUUCCCCCACCCCAGACUCUGCAAGAAGUGGAGGUUCCAGUUGUGGGGAACACACAGUGUAACUGCCUCAAUGGGGUUGGCUCAAUCACAGACAACAUGCUCUGUGCUGGUGUUCUGGAAGGGGGCAAGGACUCAUGUCAGGUAAAGUCCAUGCUAACCUAUCUUCUUGUUCUCCUGGGCCUAGUUUUUCUAAAGUUAUCUGAUCGAAUUUCGGGGGGCUUUACUUGGCUUUACUUGGCUCAUCGCGCUCUAGCGACUCCUUGUGGCGGGCUGGGCGCCUGCAGGCUGACUUUGGUUGUCAGUUGAACAGUGUUUCCUCCGGCACAUUGGUGCAGCUGGCUUCCGGGUUUACACCCCCCCAAAAAAAUAAAUACAAUUCAUAGAACUGGCAUCCCCAUUCAACUCAAUGAUACGCCCAUCCUAUUUAUUCUCUUUCCAUGCAUGAAAUCCGAUCAGAUAACUUUUGAAAAACUGGGUCCUGUUCCAAUCCAUUUCCUAGCACGUGCCUUUUUAAAAUUACUUUGAGAGACUUACCUUGCUCUAUCUUCUCAGGGUGACUCAGGAGGUCCAAUGGUGGUUAAACAGAACUCUGUCUGGGUCCAGUCUGGGGUUGUUAGUUGGGGUAAUGGCUGCGCUCGGCCCAAUCUCCCUGGGGUCUACACCAGAGUGUCCCGUUACCAGUCCUGGAUCGACUUCCAGAUCAGCACCGACAAGCCAGGCUUUGUGGAGUUUACAUCCAGUGGGGUAGAUGCUGACAGCAGUUACAUCUGUCCUACUGUCGACCCCACUGUCUACCCCACUGACACAGAUUCCAUUUUUGAUAAUGGGCAGGGUUUGUUCGGCUCCCUUUAUAUGCUGAGCGCCUUGUUCAUUCUGGUGUUUCUUACCAUUUAAAUAAUUGAUUCUUACAAUCAAGGGCGUGUUUUAUUGGCAGCCUGAGUUCAUGUACUAUUCGUUCGGGAGAUUUCUCUUUCAAAGUAAAGGCUGACGUGCCCUGGGAGAACAAGAGUGGGGAAGGAGGUAGCCUAUUGCCUAAAAUUCUAUCCAGUAUUGGAUGUGCAAUGAAGUCUUUGAGUUACCCCAGAUCCGCUCCCCUGUUCCCUGGGCACAUCUUCCUCAGUGAGUGUUGUUUUCAAUGGGCAUUACUAUUGUAUUGAUUUAUUUGUGAAGAUGGAUAACUUGAAAUAUAUUUACCUAUUCAUUCAAGGGGCAAUAAGAGAUUCAAACAAACGCACACCCUGCUUUGGUAAACAGCUGAGGGAUAGGGCUGGAGAAAUGUAACUCAAAUUCAUAGACAGAGCUUUAGGUGCAAGGAGUGACUGAUAGCUUUAACCAUGUUUUGUAAGGUUUACAAUGUUGCCUUACAAUUAAAACAAGCUUAUAUUUUGGCUUGUGGUGAAGCAGGACAGUUGCACUAAGCUCAUGAGUCAUUUUAAGUUAUAUUCUUCUAGAAUGAAUGGCUAUAUAUCUUUAAAGAUGCACUCCAGUCUCCUUUUCAUUUAUCACCUGAAUUACUUAACAAAAGUCACAUCUCAAUAGGUGGUCCAGGUAUCCUCAUGACAAGGCACAAAGGGGGGUGGGCCUUUCCUCUUUUGUUCUCGAUUGCUCCUCUAUUGUUCCCACAAGCAAGGGGGAGUCAGAUGACAUCCGAGUAAACCCAUCAGACCAACUUCUUUAAUGGCAAACUCUCAAAGUUUGCAGUUGUGUCUAAAAAACACAAAAAUAGCUGGUGUGUGUCUUUAAUUUAAGUCUGAAAAUGGUUGUACCAUUCCAGAUUGCCCUUUUAAUAUUUGACAAAUGACAUAUCCUUUAGCUUUGAAAGCUGUAUAAGAAUGCAAAAUCAAAUGUCAUUAUGGUGUAGUGGUUAGUGGUUAGUGCCGCAGCCCCCAGAGCACAUGUGGUGUUGGCAUGGGUACUGCCUAUGUGACACACUUUCCUGUCACCUCUUCUAUCUUUCCUAUCAAUAAAACAUGGGUAACACUAUAUUUUUAUCAGGUACACAUAUUAACCAACCCUGAAGAAGGCACUGCGCUACCGAAACGUUGGUAAUGAGGUUUACCCAUUAAAUUGUUGGGCGCAUAUAUAGAGUGUGUGACUUUCUUUCUUUCUUAUUAUAUUAGCCACUAAUAAGUAGAUUAUACCUUUAUUAUGCCGUGUUUAUUAUGCCGUGUUAGCCAUAUAGUAGGCAUUAUUUAAGGGGUUUUGUAUUCAUGACUCUUGUGUUACUGGCCAUUCCUUAAUAUCAUAAUUUUAAUAAGCUGUAUUAUUACAGGGGUUAAGUCAAUAUUCUCCAGAGAAUAUUGAUUUAAUUAAAUUAAAACUCUGAAGCAUAAAAAAACUAAAACAUUUCAUUGCACUUGCUUUCUCUUGGAAAUUCAAUCUUUUGAAUCAAAUUUCCCCCGGUCCAGUGUGGUCCUAUUUUUAAGGCAUUAGUAGUGCUAAUUUGAC